AUGCCGCACUCGGCUACUGAUUACCCCCGUAUUUUUCACGACCCUAAAGAGCUUACCUUAGCUGUCUUGGGAUGCGCUAAGUCAGGAAAGUCAUCCUUAUGUAAAAGACUAAUCCUCCCGUUGCCAGACCAAUAUACCACCGAUUAUGAACCAACUUGCGUGUAUAGUGUGCAGAAUAACAAUCUUGUAAAAAACACGGACUGGUUUUAUUGGGGAUCUGUCUCCCGUAGAGUUGGCGAUGACUGCCUUACUACUUUUAAUAUAAUUGAAAGGUCGUUUACUCACACGAGUGGCAUCAUUUCAUAUUACAAAUCACGCCACAAUUACCAGAGUACUCUUUGUUGUGAGCUCCUAACUAUCAGGCUCAAAUUGCCAAAGGGUCAAAUUAAUUCCUCUAAAAAUGAUACUUUGCAAAAGCGCACUUCCUUAAUCGAGUCUCUUUCUCCAACAGAAGUCGAGAUAGAUGGUGUUCUACUACUAGUUGAUCCACAGAGCUUUCUUGAUGGAAGUACAGAUUUCAUUUCGCACCUUGCUUCUUUUUUUAUCAAAAGAAAAAAACCUUUUGUCCUUGUUUUGUCUAAAUGUGACAUCUCUGAUCGGGAAUGCUUAGCUCACGUCAAAAGUUGGCUCAAAUCAUCCGGUGAUUUCAAAAAGGUUCCAUAUGUUGAGACUUCGUCUACGAAAAAUAUCAAUAUUGAGGAGGCUUUCCUUAAUCUUGCGAGGCUUGUAUUCUCCAAGUCACGCUCGCUUAAGCUUUGCCCCAACAUCUCUUAUGCUGAGGCUGUGCACGAGUAUCAUAAAAAACUUGUUAGUGCUCGUGAGGCUUUUAAGAAGCGUCUUUCCUCAUCGACUGCUGAAUAUUUGAAAGAUUGGUCGACUUUUUAUCAUCGCUUUAGCCAUCAAGCAGAUAUCGCAGGCUAUGUGGACUUGGUUGGUACAAAAAAGGCAGCUAAAUUCUUUGAGGAUCAAGUUUUGGAGUUAACUAAUCUAUUACGGCAUCGGUAUCUUGAUAAAAUUCCCAAUGCUUUGCUAAGGCUACUUCCUUCAUUUGGCAGAGUUCGAAACAGGUCAUUUCCUGAAAUAAUUGCGCUGCUGCGUAGCCAUCCGUGCUUUCAUGAACUUUUCAUUGAUGAUUAUCUUGAAUUCAUUUACUUGCUAGUUAAACAAAAAGAUGAUCUUGAUGUUAAUGUAAGUUAUUUAGCUGGUAUAUUUCCUUCAGAUAGAUCUGCUUUUAAAUUUAAGUCAUCAACUUUAUCUUUCCUCCACAUUUUAAUCCUAAUUAGUUUUAGAAUAUUAAUUUAUUCUUGUAAGUAA